UCGAGCGCUCCGUCCCCGGCUGCUCACGUGGUACGGAGGCCCCGGGACGCGAGCGCCGGGUCUAGCGGACCACUCUCUGCAUACAAUUCGCGCCCCUGAGUGCGCAACUGGUGGCCUUCCAUUCAACCCGCCGCCUGUGACUUGUCAACUCUCAGACGCUCCGGCAGGUUUUCUUGUUCAAGUUACACCGUCCACACAUUGUCAGCUGGAAUGGCUUCCUGCUAUGAAUGGAGCAAUCGUGUUCAUUUUGUGGUCCGACACAUGUAUGAUAUUGACAACAAUGGGUACUUAGACGCACAUGAUUUCGAAUGUCUCGCACUUAGGCAAACUGUUCUCGAGGGCAAAGGAGAAUUUUUGAAAGAACGUCAUGAACGCAACAAGGACAUCAUGCUCGGUCUAUGGAACGAAAUUGCAGAUUUGGCCGACUUCAAUAAGGACGGUCAAGUAACAGUGGAAGAAUUCAAGAAAGCUGUGCAGAACCUCUGCGUCGGAAGGAGUUUCGAUCAAUUCCCUCAGCCACUAAAACACGCCAUCAACUGCCAAUUUGCGACGACGGAUGCCAAUGGUGACGGCCUCAUCUCGUUGGACGAGUUUCGUGUUGAAUGUGUGACACGGCAAGCCUUCCGCGAUCUCGGCGAGAUCGACAAGUGCUACCAGAAGGUAUUGAAUGAUGACGAUAGAAGGCGCGGUGGUAUCACCAAUGCUCGCUACCAGGAACUGUUUGCUGAAUUCCUGGGAUGUCCCGACUCUUCCGUACAGGGAAACUUCCUCUUUGGACCACUGCCUCUCUUCGAAAACUGAACCACAUUCGUUCUAGAGAUUAUUUCCUCUUGAAAUAAGGGCUUUCCUUGCCGAUACCGCAGUAUGGGGCACUUGAUGUCCAUGGCGCUGCUUGCAUACGUCAGCGGUAGUUGCCUUCUACUAGCAGCAAGCAGCUUUUGGCAACCCAUAUUCGCGGAACUUAACAGCAUCUCUUUGUCGUCUACUUCUUGGACGUGCACUGCGUUGUCACUUGGCAGUGUGAAGCCCUUUCUGGUGCCUGUCUUUUAUCGGGCCGCCUCAUAAGCACAUUCUGUCGGCUGUCACAAACUUGUCUAUUACAUUCACAUGCAUCUUCGCCGUAGCUACAAUUAGCAAGGAACAAGAAAUAGAAAACAAUGCAGUCACGUUCAGCGGUUCACUCUCUGGGCUUAAAAAGGUGUCUAGAAUACGUCUGUCCAUGAGAAAUCUUACAAGACAUUCUUUGAUUUUUUUUUCUUUCGACGCUAGAGUCCUUGAUAGCUGAAUAAAACUGCGCGUGACCAUAAUUCGUGUGGAUCAGAGGAACAUCACGUACAUUGCGCAUUUCUGGCAUAACAAGUAGCGUUCUACAACAGAGGCGCGUCUAUAGUCGACACCUCAUUCGAUGAAGAUGCAAUGAUUCCUCUGCCUUUAAAGGGAGACUCCGGGACAAUUCGAAAUUCUUAUAGUGACUGUGUAAAUAAGUUCGGUACAUUCUUCAGAAAUGAGUAAACGAAGUUGGUUUGGCGGUCGGAGACUCGUUAUUUGCCAAAAGAGCUGGGAAGCUCAUACCGAAACCGAAACUCGCGAGGGUUCUCUCUCCGGCCUGCCUGCGUGACAUCACAGGUAGUCUCAUGCGAGCCUUCAGCUGUUUACUUAAGUCACGGGCACGCGCUUCGUAACUUUUUCGUGCGACAUGGAUGAUGGAUGCUUCCUCGAUUUCGUUGCAAAGUACUCGCCACUGGUGGAACAGAACAUACACCGAAAGGCGCACGCGAAGAAUACCAGUGAGGUGUAGCCCAGUGUUGCUGGACCGCUCUUCUAUGGAGGAGUGCCGAAUCACUCAAAAGAAAAUGUUCGUUUACUUAUUAUCUGUGCCUCCUGGGGAUGUGAAAUUGUGUCCACUGAAACGUCAUACGGUAUGGAUUGAUGUCGCGCACUGUUACUUCAGCACGUUCUUGGUGCGGAGUCUCCCUUUAAAAUUGGAACCACAACAAAAGUUUCCGCUACAUCUACAAGCUUUCACAGUGUGAUCUUCUUUCUUUAACACGUACGCCUUGUGAUAAUUUUACGUCCAGAGUAGCCCACAUAGCAUACCCUUUGCUCAGAGUAACCCAGGUGACGGUGUCACAUAUGACGAUCACAUUUUGACGUGCUCUUACGAUUAUUUCCAGCGAACGUAGAAUGUUAACCACAACUAGGUAUUUCUACAGUAGGUAAUAGGGUAGAGUAGGCAUCGACGUGGACACGAGGUCCGAAAAGAUGUUUCUUAAAUCAGCUCGUGCACAACGUGGGUGAAUUAUCCUAGCAGGUACAGGCCCACGAUUUUGAUCUUAGGAGGAGCAAGGUGUAAGAAAUGUGUUGGUAGAGUGCGACACUCUACUGCUACGUACUUUCACAUUAAACGUCUUCGUAUCAGAAAUAUUUUGAGCGUCUUGUAAGACCUGUAGUUGGGGGGUCGUGGUAAUGGGGCGUGUGGGGGUUGCUGGGAAAAUCCCUGAUCCCAGGAACUGCCCUGCCCCCAUUUCUGCACUCUUAUAUUAGUCACUUUAAUGAAGAAGGAGUACAAUGAUGAUAUUUGACUCGAUGCCUUUCGCGACGUCGUCUUUGGGUUGUGUUCGCGCUUCCACUGCCAAAUAAUGCCAAAUAAUCUUUCUUGUUUCCUGCCUCCUCAAAUGUGACUUUAUAGGUCGGGUUUCGCGUUUUCGGUUUCUUUUUUUAUGGCGGAUUCGGCGUAUGCUUUUCGGUGUUUAUUGAUUUUUCACGAAAUCGGCGUUUUUCGAUGUUUCUCCUGGCGUGUACGUGGUUUACCCGACAGUUACCGGCGAAUAGAAAUCACAAUGUAAUAUCCGCACGACGCUCAUCGAACAUGGCGUUGUUAGCUGCGGUGGCCUUUUACGGCUAACGAAAAAAGUAAACGGGCAUUUUUCACGACCAUUAUAUUUAUGUAUGGUUUUCUAAUCUGCAUCAACAACUUGCUGGGCAUGUGCUGCAAUUUAUCUCUGUCAUCGUUCCUGGAAUGUCCCUCUGUAUUUGAUGUUUUUCGAUUAAAACCGAAUCAGGAAAAUUUACCCGGCGUAUGUUUUUCGGUGUUUUUCGAUUAAAACCGAAAACGGGGAACUCUAUUUAUAGGGUAGCCGAUUGGCGAUUGGUCACGGAGCUAAGAGUGACGGUGAUGAGCGGUGGUGAAAUAUUAUCGUCGUUACCGUGCACGAUACCAUGUGAACAGGAGCACAGGUCGACCUUCAACUGCAGCAUUGUAAAGAAACAGAGAAUAGGGAGUUUUAGAAUACCGGACUCAGGAGCUUCGCGUGUGCGAGAAAUAGCGUUAUCGCAACUGCGCAUGCCCAGAGCGUAAACUCAGUUUUUGCGUUUUGCGCUCGCUCACUAUCUAUUGGAAGUUGCGGGGCCACGCAAAGCAGGUUUUGCGGCUCUGCGUUGCUCUCGUGGCAGACGAGAAAUUGCGUGAGCAUUCUGUCGUAUGCUAAACUUCGCAAAGUAAUUAACAAGAAAACGAUGAGUUGUCUUGUGAUAGCAUAUUUUUUUAUUAUAAACAACAAAGCAUGUUUAGAAAAACUGAUUCCUCUAUGCUUUUGAUUUUCUAUUUUUCUUUUUUUAAGUCCUCAUUUCUAGCCGUAACGGCGUUACAAGCGACGGAUGCAAGCCAGCUGCCUUUCGCCGCGAACAGGUCCUUUGCGUCCGAUAUAGCGUGUACGUUUUGCAUUUGCGCUUCCAACAAACGCUAUUCUAAAACUCCCUAUAAUAACCAGGGUGUCGAACCGCAAGAAAUACGGGCUCGGUUCAGGUUCGGGUUCGCGUUCCUUUGAUUUCGUUCCGGUUCAGUUCCGGUUCGGCCACGCCAAAAAUCGAACCGGUUCGCGAACCGGUUCAACGCUUUUAUUUUAUAUGUUUCAUAAAACUCCUUUUAACGGGAAAUGCGUGGCUAAUAGCUUACUGCUGUUGUCUGCAUUGACGUUUUUAGCGGUCAGGUACUCCCUUUAGCGAGAGAAAGGAGAAAUGGAUGAACACUUAUUGUAAAUAGAGUCCACGCUGAUGUAGCGGUGUAGUUCUGCUACUUGUUCCCAAAAUCUCUUUUUUUCACACGCACAGUGCCAGCAAGAUACACUUAAAGGAAGCCUAAUAAUAUGGACAGCGUUACAGAGACGACGGUACUUGCCGGCACACUGCAUUCGCAGCGUGAAUCGACCUGAAACAGUACUGAAGCAUGUCGAAAAUAAGCCUGCCAGCCUUAAGGCCCGUUCCGACAUACAGCGCUUUGCUCCACAGCGCUGCACCACAGCACAGCAAAACAGCGCUCUAUUUCCACUGUGGGGUUCGCACUUGCAGCGCUUGUCCCAGCGCUGUACUUGGUGAUCUCACGUGAUCGUACGUCAUCGUACCGUCACGUGAACGCGGCGCCGCGUUCUCAUUGGUUCAGGGAGCCUAUCGCUGGGAGACAGCGAUGGGAAAGUUCACCGAAGCUCAACUUCGCCAAGCGCUGUUUUCCAUCGAGUCGCAGCCGGGAGAGGAGGGAAAAACAGCGCUGUUUUCCAGUGCUCUGGAGCAAAGCGCUGUAUGUCGGAACAGGCCUUUACUCUGUCCGAGCUCACAGCAGUGUAGUAAUUAAUCCACAACACAAAGGCGGUGGCGGUGGUGGUGGUGCUGUUUGAAAGGACUCACCGUUGUCGGCCUCAGAGAGGUGGGCAACGUCACGACUAACGCCCUGGGGGAAUGUGCGUCCUGGGCCGACUUCUAAGGGAACUGUGCCGACAUAUGUCUGAAAGCGACAACACAAAGGCAAUGUGUCACGACACAAUUGCCCUACCAAUAAGCAGAACUGCAUUUACUUUUCAAACCACGACCAAUCAAGCAGGCACCGUUCUGCGUACGCUCCUUCUCCACUUCUCAUGUUUCGGACUUGUUUAAUUUUUACUGCUCACGUGUAAAGGGAAAUGUUAGGCGCUUACUUAAUCACAUAUUCGUGCUAUAGACCAACAUAAGUGAGCUACUCCAUUCCUGUUUCAUUCGUCCGCGUGGCGCCUCGUUUCUGAAGAGAAGACGCCGCAGCGCGUGCGUGGGGCGUUAGCCGUGGCGCUCACAAGGACAACUGCGCUCCAACGUGUUAAAAAGACGCUGAAACUAUACUUACUAUACGUCCUCGUUUGACUGCUGGGUGAAAAUUUCCGAAAUCCAUGAUAUGGACGCGUGAUGAUGAUACCAAUGUGUCUUCGUUCGGGGAUUGAAAGGAACUCUUACGCUGACUUCUUUUAUGUCCGAACCGUUUUGUUGCGAACCGGUUACCGCUAUCAUUUUUUUACGGUUCUGUUCCGGGUCGGGUUCAACAGUGUCAUGAAAAUUUCGGUUCGGGUUCGGUUCUGGCAAAAUAAUGGUUCAGGUUCGGGUUCAGUUCGACACCCUGCUAAUAACACAGUCUGACAGUCUCUUUGAGGCUUUUUUGCCUCAACCUACCUUUCAUUUGUUUGUGAGAAAAUAAAUAAUAUCAAAUAUCAAACACCCACCAUUAAAGGCUAACUUUACCUCAAUAGCAGGUUCCAUUGAGAACGUGGCAAAAGGGACUGCUAAGUAAUGGCGCGUCUGCAAGUACGCUGAUCGAGCACAACACAAAAAAGAAUAACCCAAGAUGGCGGCAUCUGCUAGCAGUUGUUACGAGAUUCGUAGACUUUUCUGCCAAUCAGGGAUACGAAAAUAAAAAUGACAUUCUUACCCUUCUACGGUGCAUUUUUGAAGUUCAGCCAUAUAUUCCAGCUUAUGUGGUAGGCCGUUUAAUUACAGAACUGUAAAAGUUCUGUGUAUGUUUGAAAUUGCUUAAGCUUAACUAGGGAGGUAUCAAAAUUUUUCUCGCACAAUGUUAAUUAAGUGAGGAAGAUGAAUAUUUAUGUGCAUCCGGUGAUUCCCAUAAAAUUGUGUCUUUUCGGCGAUGUCAGAAUGCUCUGAACGCCCUGAAAGGUUCUGUUGGGACAAUUUCGAAUACAAUAAAGAUCCCCCCGUCAAACUCCCACAUUAUAUGAAUACUGAUUGAGUUAACUGUAUAAAGUACAAUUGAACAAUUUCAGCUAUAUCUUUAUCGGUUUAAACAAGGCGUCCAAUGAACCUAAAAAGUGUGACGUCACAGCCGCUGCACACGAGAACGAGUACCACGUACGAACACCCUCAGAGAGCCUAAGCUGCCGUCGCUGAGAGCCUGCUGUCGCUUCGUCUAGUGACUAGUAAUAGUUUUAGUACGGUACAAGUAAUAGUUUUAGUACUAUAGCAAUAGUACGGUGGAUAAUUUCUGCUGCAUCGCAACGGGCGCCAUAGCGUAGGCAAUAUAUGCAGAGAGGAAAGGCAGCAUACCAAGUAGUACAACACCUUGGUCCAAUAUUGAACCAAUAUUGGCAAUGUCCGGUAUUGGCCAGUAUUGCCAAUAUUGGUCCAAUAUUGGGCCAAGAUGUCGUGCUGCUUGGGUAAUUUUAAGAUGGGUAAUUAAUGGGUAAUGGGGUAAUUAAUGACAAACAUUGGCAAUGUCGGCCCAAUAUUAGACCAAGAUUGAGCCAAUAUUGGUCCAAUAUUUACCAAGAUGUCGUGCUGCUAUAAUUUUCUUCCCCAUGGUUGUUCUUUAGCCAUGUUAGGGCACUGAUGCCUUUAGUGCAUCACGCGCGAUAUCGCUGUGCUAUCUUUUGAUAGGCUAGGCUAUGUAUAUCAGGGACCACAUGUUAUAGUGACGCGGCUCCAAAUCACUGCCGAAUGACAACGCAGGACUCUGGUGUGUUAACGUGACUAAAGUAUCAAAUGUUCAUGUUUCGUGAUAACGGCCCCUUUGCCGACUGACUAUCCAUUUCUCCUGUGAUUGAGCACUAUAUUGUACACUUUAAAUCAUGGGCAUGGAGGAAAGGAGGCGUGGCCUUACCCUUCUCCAAGUGACGUGUUUGUGAGUGGUGUGCAUAUACCUUCGACUGGUAUUAAGAUGGCAGCGUUUCUCUGGGAUUUUCUUGGUGUAUAAAUGAUUUUGAAAAUGUGUGUAAGAAGCAAUUAAAUUGUGCGAAAUGA